GUGACGAGUAUGGCUCUUGUCCGCGGCAAGUAAAACUACAUUAAGACUGGGUCCUACUAACCCAAAGCUUGCGCAGUAGUUACAACCAAGGCCAAGAUGGCCGACCUUUCCCCCUGAUACUUGAGGAAGGACGUUUAAACGUUCCUUCCUGUCAAAGAUUUGUUCAGAUUUAAGUGACAUUGUACCGCAAGAUGGCUACAGUCUGGGGCAACGAGGACGUGGCCUGCUAUUUCACCACAAAGCAUUCGUGGCGCGGCAAGUACAAGAGGAUCUUUUCCAUCGGGACGAAAGGAAUAACUACCUACAACCCUUCGAAUCUGGAGGUCACAAAUCAGUGGGCCUACAAUGACUUCUGCAGAAUUGCACCCAGUGCCAAAGCAGCUAAUGAGCUUAUCAUUACGAUGAAGAAAACUGGUGCAAGUAAGAAAAUCCAGAGCAUGACAUUUUCUACAGAACACAGAGCUGAUCUAUUAACUGAAGCACUACGAUUUCGCAAAGAAUUCUCAGACUUCAAAGCAGGAAGUGAAGUGCGUUUCAAUGCUUACAAGUAUCACUGGAGUGACACAAGACUGCCUGUGGUGCUAGAGGUUACUCCUUGCUCCUUGGACCAAAUUGAUCCUACAACAAGAGAAAAGCUCUGCUCAUAUGAUUACAAGGAACUGGAAGGAGUUGUACCGGUGUCAGACUACCCAGGGGGAAUUGCAGUUGUUUAUGGCGGUUUUAGUAGACUUCAUCUCUUUGCACUGGAACAGAGAGAUGAGCUAAUGAAGAAAAUGUCAGAAUAUGCCAUGGCUUAUGUUGGUGUCUCAAUCAAACAAAGGAGUAAACCUAUAACACAUGACCAGUUUCUAAAACACAAAUUUGGAAAAUUUAGGUAAGUUGAUUGCAGCUAGCUAUGAGCCUUAGUGAACUGAUGUCUUGUUUCACAUGCCCAAUAUUUCCUCUUCUAUCUUGAGAAACAUCUAUGAUUCAACCCCAAAAAUUUCAUACUACUGUACAUGUACAUGUGCAUGUGAACUGACAUGCUGAACAUUCAACACAGUUUAAUUCUACGGGAAAGUGCGUCUAAAAAAACCUUGAUAUGGUGAGGAUUUAGUCAAAUUCAAUGUAAUGAGGGUUGGUUUGUAAAUUUGAACCUCAGUUGUCACAAACACAAUUCCUAUUCCCUCCCUUGGCACUGGCGUGGGAGGAGCGGUGGGCUCAAGGUUACAUGUAGUUGGCAUGACCCUGGAUCACGUGGUCUGGGUUCAAGCUGUGGCCAGGGACAUUGCAGGGACAUUGCAGAUAUGUCCA